UCAGUGGUCUCCAAGCUGUGCUUGAGUCACAUGGAAGCGAAGAAUCUGAGAGGAGAGGAUGCCAGUGGAGAUGGAGGGGGCUUGAGGGACACUGGAGGAGAACCUCGCUCUUGGAGAUUCUGUUGGACCGGAUAGCAACAUCAGGACGGCAGGUUCGGCUCUUCCCAGCCUUCCUCCCCCCCCUCCCUCUCCCAAUCGGCUGGGAAGCAAGAGGCGCAUGGUACGGGGUCAGCUGGCAGCGCCAAAAAGAUUCCAGAUGCAAUAUGCUGCAUUCCUGUUGUGUGAAGCCCAAGGAAGACAGACUGUCGCAUGUGAUUGAUUAUGACCGCUGGGUGGUGGCUGCUGGUCCGAGCCGAAGCAGAACCUGAACCCAAAGGACGGGCAGAUGCUGCGCCUCUCCAAACCUCUGAGCUGAAUCCCAGUGAGAGCGUGGCACUUGCCUGUGUGCAUGAAACGUGAGGGUGAGAGUGUGAGCGUGUGUGAGAGAAAGUGAGCGCCAGCGCUCCCACAUGGCCUCCAUGCAGGACGGGCUAAACUUCACGGCUCCUCCCUACGGCAAGGUCCUGCUGCUGGGUGCUAUCGCUGCUGCCUCAGCCUUUGUUGUCACUAUCCUCAUUGUGGUGCUCUGCGUGGGCUGUCAAAGGAAGGGAAAGACACAUAAUGUACCCGGCGAGGGUGGAAAGCACCGUCUCAUGGACAUGGGUAUACUCAGGCAGUCCAAGCUGCGGUCCAUCAGUAAAUCAGACACUGAGAUGAACAAGAUGAACUGCAAUGGCAAAAGCAGGCAGCUUCCCCAGAUUCCCUCUGGGACUGGAGAGGACGGAGAGCACACUUACUCUGAAGUGGGCCGAAGCUCCUCCACCACACGAACUGACGACGCGCUCUAUGCCAUGGUAGGCAGGGCCGGGCAGACGGACACUCCGGCCCCUCCAGCUGUCCCCGCCAAUACCCCGGCGCCACCUGACCCGGACGGGGAUGUGGAAGGAGGGCUGCCCGAACCUGAAGGCCAGGUCAUGUCUCCACCUCACGCUCCUGAAACGGCGGAGUAUGCCUGUGUCAGGAAGCUGAGGAAGGCCGACAAAGUGCCCCAGAAGAGGGACAGUGGGACGGACACGGCGGACCCACCGGUCCCGCCACCACGACACCCCCCACCUUCUCAUCCCGCCCCUCCACCGCCACAUCCUCACAGCACAAAGCUGCCCCGUAGAAACAUGGAGGCCUUUAAUGUUCCGUCCUUCCCUAAGGAAGUCAUGUUUAUGGGCAAUGGAGAGCAGUACAUCUGGAAGCCUCCAGAGGAUGAAGAUGUCCUCAUGCUCCACAAUAAAGCCCUGGGCCCGCUGGGUGCACACACAAUGGAGUGUAUCCAACCUUCUGCUGCGGUGGUGGCUGAGAUGUACUCGAAGGUGUGUAAACCGGGGAAGAAGAAGAGAGCCGUACCUGGGUCUCCCCCAUCCAAUCCCGGCUUCAGGACCUUGGGUCGUGGUGACCGGGACCGGGACCGGGACCGAGACGGGGGCUUUAGCGUAGUGGUCAAACCGCAGACGUGGGCCCCUCAGGAGGGCAAAGCAACUGGAGCGUCCCUUGACGACCACUGCUAUGAGUCCUUCGGGGCCGAUGAGUGCGAUCCGGCCUACGAGAAUCUGGAAGGUGGAGGCGGCUGGAGACGAGAGAGACCGCCCAACACGUGUGCCACUUUGCGGCCGAGAAGGAAGAAAGCCCAGCAGCCUUUGCAGCAGCAGCAGCCCCCUCCGCCGCCGCCCACGCAGCACAACCCCAAAUUACAGCACCUGCCUGCCAAAGCCCUGCUGUUGCCUGGGGAGAGCCUGUAUGAGAGCAUUGGCGACCUGAAGCAGGGCUCCACCUCCUCCAGCACCACCACCAUCUUCACCUUCAACGACGGCAUGGAGAUGUACGUUACAGGGCUCUGAGGCAGCGGCUGCACUGUGACCUUUCCAACAAGGAGCAAACACCACAAGGAACGACGGCUGAGCCCCCGUCAUGCUCCCCCACACAUACUGUUUACAUUACAUCAUAACGUCAUGCCUUUCCCGGGCUCCAGGGGCCUUAAGGCACUAAGGUUUAUCUGUUUUGACUAAGUCCAAUCUACAAACCUUGUAAGGAACCCAAAGGUAGUGAAGUAAUUGAUGAGCACAAGACCAUUGCAGCGCAAUCAGUAGGUAACAGUAGCACUAUAGUUCAUUCACAGAAAUGUGCAAAGCACAAGAAAGUAAGAAGCCGAAAUUCUUGCUCAUUUCUAACGGGUAAUAGUUGUUUAUGGGUGGAAAGCAAGCACAGCAAUGAGAGAAAUAUUUGGUAGCACUUGUGAAUGGGCCUUCCCUGAAGUUGGUCAUUAUAUGAUUAAGGAUGGAUCAUGGAAUUUAAAUUAUUUAAGAAAUGAAUUACGAGUCAAAACAUUUGAAAGCUCAGGGACCUAGAGAAACAAUUAUGAGAGUAUUCAAAGGAAAAGAAAUUGCACACUUUUUGCAUUCCUCCGUAACACCAAAACCAAGCAUUUUCAUGUUUAAAAACCGGACCCGAUUCUUCUCUCCAUUGUGUCCCAUCCGACACGGACUGAACACUGUCUCCACUGCUGUCUGUAAAUGAGCUGUUUUACUUUGUUGACUCUGUCCUGCACUUUGCCUGCUACAAGUUGCAUGCUAAAAAAAAGUGGAAGAAAAAGAAGAAAAAUCAAGCACUGUCAAGUGGUACCUAUAUUAAUGUUUUGGGUUUUUUUCCCCUAUUGUUGUUGGGUGUUUAUUUUCACAGUGCGUUGCUUUAUUUCUCUGUAGAACACAAGGCUAGUUAGAGUUGGGACUCAUCAUUCAUCCAUUCCCCAUCCUUUUGCAUCUGCAACACAAUAAGGAACUGUUAACGGCUUUUACGGUGGAGACAAUGCACCGGACUCCCCCCUCAAUCGCAUCAACAUCAACUUCCUGCCUUGCGGUCAUCUGUUUAGGUUUCACCAUAGUUGCGGCGUCGAAAGCUACAGUAGUGCUGGUGUGUUCAAGUCAUGUCUCAUCAUUACUCCAUCAACAAAACACUCGCUCUUCUCUCUGUUAUCAGUGUUCAGAUGUUGCAGAAAUAAAAAGACAAGCCAAGCAGGACGGCGCACAUGCAAUGACAUCCUGGACAAUGAGUUCAUUUGACCAAAUAUCCCCAGCAAAGCGUGUGAUUAUACUGUAUGUUGAUGCAAUGUGUAUGUACAUUACAAAAGAGAAAGAAUAAUAAAUAUAUCAUGAGUGUCAAGAAAUCUAUCUUUUUCUAUGAUGUUUAGUGGUGUUAUGGAAUGACUUCUCUUGUGACACAAACGGCUGCAAUGUAAAUUCCGGUGUGUUCUGUUCUUUUUUUUUCCCCAAGCCAAGAAGCUUCGGCGUGUUCCUGGAAAGCUCGGCCCACUUCAGUGUGGCAGAUCAUGUUUUGUGUUUGCUAUUCAGACUACAGGGUCUUGUACUCCAAUAGCGUAUCAUUAAGUGCUAAGUGCAAAAGAUUGUAAUGUUUUAUAUCAAGAUUACUAUUCAUGAAAUGUCAGUCAAGUUUAUACUUUUGUAAUAAAGUGGCACUUU